GAGUAAUGGCAUGAACAUUGUCUUACUAUUUUGACAACCCGUUUACAGAACACAGUGGAGAGUACUACGCAUCUGUUUGUGUAAACAUAUUUGACUAUAAUUUGGAGGUCAAUAACUGGACGAAGACGGCUGGACUACUUACAACAUAUGAGAAUCAAAAGUCUUGAAGUAGACUGCUUUAUGUUUUAUCUUUUCCAAGCAGAUAGGGAUUUGCUUCUGGACAUGUGAAUCAAAGGAGUUACAGACAUCCUCAAAAUGAAGCAAGCAUCUGCCCUGUGUUGCUUCGGCUUUCUCCUGACUUCGGCGUUGUUUCGUGGGAGCUCUUCACAGUCAGUGUGUGCAGGCACGGAGAACAAGCUGAGCACGCUGUCCGACCUGGAGCAACAGUACCGCACCCUGCGCAAGUACUACGAGAACUGCGAGGUGGUGAUGGGGAACCUGGAGAUCACCAGCAUUGACCGCAGCCGAGACCUCUCCUUCCUCAGAUCCAUCAGGGAAGUGACAGGCUAUGUGUUGGUGGCAUUGAACCAGUUCGACUACCUGCCCCUGGAGAACCUGCGGAUCGUCAGAGGGACCAAGCUGUACGAGGAGCGCUACGCCCUCGCCAUCUUCCUCAACUACCGCCGCGACGGAAACUUUGGCCUUCGUCAGCUGGGGCUCAAGAACCUCACAGAGAUCCUGAACGGAGGGGUGUAUGUGGAUCAGAAUAAGUUCCUGUGCCAUGCCGACACCAUCCACUGGCAAGACAUCGUCAAGAACCAGCGCCUCAGCCCUGUGGUGGUACCCACCAAUAGCAGCAUAGCCUGCCAGAAAUGUCAUAGAUCCUGCAAUGGUCGCUGCUGGGGCCCAAAGGAGAACCAGUGUCAGAGCUUGACUAAGACAGUGUGUGCAGAGCAGUGUGAUGGCCGCUGUUUCGGACCCUACGUUAGCGACUGCUGCCACCGUGAGUGUGCAGGUGGAUGCUUCGGACCCAAGGAUACAGACUGCUUUGCCUGCACCAACUUCAACGACAGCGGCGCAUGUGUGACCCAGUGUCCUCAGCCGUUUGUCUACAACCCCACCACCUUCCAGCUGGAGCACAACCCCCGCGCCAAGUACACCUACGGAGCCUUCUGUGUCAAGAAGUGCCCGCACAACUUUGUGGUGGACCACAGCUCCUGUGUACGAGCCUGCCCUAGCAACAAGAUGGAGGUUGAGGAGAAUCGCGUCAAGAUGUGCAUUCCCUGCACUGACAUCUGUCCUAAAGCUUGUGAUGGGAUAGGUACAGCUAGUCUCCAAGCGGCUCAAACUGUGGACUCCAGCAACAUUGACAAGUUUGUCAACUGCACCAAGAUCAACGGCAACCUGGUCUUCCUCAUCACUGGCAUCAAAGGAGACGUUUAUCACAACAUCGAGGCUCUGGACCCAGAGAAGCUCAACGUGUUCCGAACUGUUCGGGAGAUUACAGGCUACGUCAACAUCCAAUCCUGGCCAGAGAACAUGACCGACCUCGGUGUCUUCUCCAACCUGGCAACCAUCGGGGGGAGAGCUCUCUACAGUGAGAUCUCUCUGCUGGUCUUGAAGCAGCAGGGUAUCACCUCUCUGCAGCUGCAGUCCCUGAGUGAGAUCAGCGCAGGGAACGUCCACAUUGCAGACAACAGCCAGCUCUGCUACUACCACACUGUCAACUGGACCAGUCUGUUUCGCGCCAGCAACCAGAAGGUCCUAAUAAGAAACAACCGCAACUCCCAGGAGUGCACCAUACAGCGGAUGGUUUGUGACCCCUUAUGUUCAGACUCUGGGUGCUGGGGUCCAGGUCCAGACCAGUGUCUCUCAUGUCGUUACUUCAGCAGAGGACGCACCUGUGUGGACACUUGCAACCUGUACGAAGGGGACGUUCGGGAGUAUGCUAACAGCUCCAUGUGUGUGGAGUGUGAUGCUCAGUGUGAGAAGGCAGACGAUGACUCCCUGACCUGUCAUGGCCCGGGUCCUGACCACUGUGUGAAAUGCCUCCACUUCAAAGACGGCCCGAACUGCGUGGACAAGUGUCCCGACGGCCUGCAGGGGGCCAACAGCUUCAUCUUCAAAUACGCAGAAGCCAACCACGAGUGUCACCCCUGCCACUCCAACUGCACACAGGGGUGUACUGGUCGCAGGCUGCAAGACUGCAUUGGCUGGAUGGACAGAACCCCCCUGAUUGCUGCAGGCGUGAUCGGGGGUCUGUUCGUGGUGGUCAUAGUGGGCCUGAGUGUUGCCGUGUCGGUCCGCCGGAUGAGCAUCAAGAAGAAGAGAGCCCUGCGGCGCUUCCUGGAGACUGAGCUGGUGGAGCCCCUGACCCCCAGUGGUACCGCCCCCAAUCAAGCCCAGCUGCGCAUCCUUAAAGAGACAGAACUGAAGAGGGUCAAGAUCCUGGGCUCGGGGGCCUUCGGCACGGUCUACAAGGGGAUCUGGGUUCCCGAGGGCGAGACAGUGAAGAUCCCCGUUGCCAUCAAGAUCCUCAACGAGACCACGGGCCCCAAGGCCAAUGUGGAGUUCAUGGACGAGGCCUUGAUCAUGGCCAGCAUGGAGCACCCCCACCUGGUGCGUCUUCUGGGGGUGUGCCUGAGCCCCACCAUCCAGCUGGUGACCCAGCUCAUGCCCCACGGCUGCCUGCUCGACUACGUCCACGAGCACAAGGACAACAUCGGCUCGCAGCUGCUGCUCAACUGGUGUGUCCAGAUCGCCAAGGGGAUGAUGUACCUGGAGGAGAGGAGGCUUGUCCACAGAGAUCUAGCAGCCCGUAAUGUGCUGGUCAAGUCCCCCAACCACAUCAAGAUCACAGACUUUGGCCUGGCUCGUCUGCUUGAUGUCAAUGAGAAGGAGUACAAUGCUGAUGGAGGAAAGAUGCCAAUUAAAUGGAUGGCCUUGGAGUGCAUUCACUACAGGAAAUUCACCCACCAGAGCGAUGUCUGGAGCUAUGGGGUGACCAUCUGGGAGCUGAUGACGUUUGGAGGGAAGCCGUACGAUGGGAUAUCUACCCGAGACAUCCCAGACCUGCUGGAGAAAGGAGAGCGUCUGCCUCAGCCCCCCAUAUGCACCAUAGAUGUUUACAUGGUCAUGGUCAAAUGCUGGAUGAUUGAUGCGGACAGCAGGCCUAAAUUUAAGGAGCUUGCGGCAGAGUUCUGCAGGAUGGCCCGGGACCCACAGAGAUACCUGGUCAUCCAGGGAGAUGACCGAAUGAAGCUGCCCAGCCCCAAUGACAGUAAGUUCUUCCAGAGCCUGCUGGAUGAGGAGGACCUGGAGGACCUGAUGGAUGCAGAGGAGUACCUGGUGCCCCACGGCUUCAGCAUCCCCCCGCUGGCCUACACGCCUCGCCCCCGCGUCGACUCCAACAGGAACCAGUUUGUAUACCAGGAUGGUAGCUUCAGCAUGGAGAACCUGAUGGCCACCAUCCCCAGGGUCAUCUCUGUGUCCGCCGUGGCGGGCUGCGCCUCUCAGGACCCGUCGGCAGGCCAAAGUAACCCUCCCGAGAGCUUCGAGGACCAGCGCUGCAACGGCACCCUGAGGAAGCAGGCUUCCCCCAGGCCAGGUCCAACUCCAGGCCCAGGCUUAGCUCCAGGCCCAGGGACGGGCCUCGGAGCGUUGGAGGACAGCAGCGGCCAGCGCUACAGCGCAGACCCCACUAUACUCCUAGGAGAUAGGGGGGCGAAAGGGGACACAGACCAGGAUGGGUACAUGACAGCCAUGAGAGAGAAGAAAAACUCAGACUAUCUCAACCCGGUGGAGGAGAACCCAUUCGUCACACGCCGUAGGAAUGGAGACAUCCACUCUAUGGAGAGCAGCUCAGUCUACCACAGCGCCCCCGGCGGGCAGCCUAGGCUUGAGGAUGAGUAUGUCAACGAGCCCCUCUACCUCAACACCUUCCACAACCCUGGCGAGACAACUCAGGAAUACCUGAAGAAGACCGGUAUCCCCGGCCCACAUCUCCCCGCUCCUGGCCCCAACGCCGGCCAAUCAGCAGCUCCAAAUCCCUCCCAAAGCCUCACCCUCUCCGCCGCCCAGGCUGCCGGGUACGUGGCGCCCCCUGGCCACCCGGGCAUCUCCCUCCACCCGUCACAUGCCACCCACACCCUGCACCCCGGGCACACCCUCCACCCCAGCGUCACAGGCACCAUUAUGGUGGACAAGAAGAACAAGAAGACGUUUGACAAUCCAGAGUAUUGGCAGCACAGCCUGCCCCCCAAGGCCACCCUGCACAACCCUGAGUACCUGCAAGACUGCAGCACGCGCUUCUUCUACCGGCAGAACGGCCGCAUCCGGCCCGCCGUGGCGGACAACCAGGAGUACCUGUCGGAGUUCGCCCUGAAACCCGGCACCGUGCUGCCUCCCCCACCUUACAGGCAGAGGAACACUGUCGUGUAGUGAGAGAGGGAUGGCUGGAUGGACGGAGGGAAGGAGGGAGGGAGGGAGAGGGGGAGGUGAUAUGUGUAGACUGUUCUCACAGCCGAGCAGUAUUUAUCAACCCUGGUUCCCCCACACCAGCACUGGACACCUGUCUGUCUGUCUGUCUGUCCGUCUGUCUCUCUGUCUGUCUUUCUGUCUGCCUGGCUGUCGUCUUUUGACACUGGAUAUAAUAUAACACAGCUGUGAGACACCCCUCAACCAUGGACUCUUGAACAAGAGAGACACUGGUCAGCCGCAGCUGUAACUCCGCCCUUCUUCAACUAGUCCCUGCCUCCCUCCUAGCCCCCCCCCCUCUCUGUGUAUACCACCAUGACUGUCCACCUCUGGGUCAGAACCUCCCCGGUUGACUGUCCUACUCCAACUGCGUCUCUCCUCUCUCCCAAGCUGAACGCGUGCCAAAACGGUCUGAUGGUUUGCAGACAUAUGUGGUUGUCAUUUAACAUGUAUUAAUGCAUCAAGGUGUCUUUUGAUGUUCCUGGAAUUGCACAGCCACAUACACAUCAAGGUGUCAUUUGAUGUUCCUGGAAUUGCACAGCCACACACACUGCAUACUGUAAUAUUGCCACAGUGAGCCUUUUCCACAGUGACUCACUUGUCACUUGACUGGCUCCGUCAUGAAGAGCUGUUGGUGUGUACAGUACGUACACAUCGCUGUGUUGUGACAGCCUGCCAUCCUGCGAACAUGCUAUGGCCAUCUGUCAUAUCACUUCUUGUUUGCAUUCCAGUCUAGGGUAGUUCCCUAGUGUUUAUGGGCCUGACCCCUCUACAUACAAAAUGGGAUUUAUACUUAUUAUUCUGCUCCUCAUAUCAGAUGUGACAUGCUUAUGGGGAGGCUUGGGUUUAUUUACUCACCUCGACCUUGACAGAUCAGUAACCUUGUACUAUUUCAAUAUACUAUACAUGCUUACACACACACAAACACACACACACACACAUACAGAGACACCUACAGAUAACUGAUGCCUAAAUUACGUUUCUCCAUUGACCUUGAGCUCAAAGCAGUUUAGAUAACAACCGUACUUGAAUAAAAAGACCAAUCUACUAGUCAAGUAAAUGUCCCUGUGGUAGACAGUACAAAUGGGGCCCCACAUGGAACAUAAAGGAUACUCAGACAGACAUUGUUAAACCCUGGGAGGAAUAGCCUCCUUGAGAAGGUGACUCCUCAACCUCCUCAAACCCCGACACACGACUUGGUUCCGAGGCCCAAAAGCACAGGAAAAAUGUUCUCUCGAUCUGGUUCGCUCUGGAUAAGAGUGUCUGCUAAAUGACUAAAUGUUCCUCUCAUGGUGGAUGAGGGGAGAAGAGCCCUAGGACCAAACACUGGACAGAGUAAUGGCUGAGCAGGAGGAUAACAACAGGAGGAUUCUGGUUCUUGAUUGAGAGGAGAGGAAAGCACUUCUGACUGGAUAAGGGCUGGAGGUCCUGUUCCUGGUUCUGUUCCUGAGUCCAAAAGCACAAUGGGGGGAGAGGGACCAGAUGGUGGUUUCACUGUAAGGAUACUGGGGAACUGAGAUGGCUGCUCAAUCUGAAUAUAAGUCAAUUUCAGACUGGAAUGAGGUAAAGAUAUGCAGUAGUGUGUGGAAUAAAAGUGUUUAUUUUUAUUUUUUCAAGAUGAGGACAGUGAGAACUAUAAUUAAACCAACAUCAUCAUCCCGUGAAGACAUCGACAAACUAAAACUGAGACUUCAAACCAAACUGGCUCCUGAGACUAUUUGCUCCACCAAAUGUCUACAUCCUUUUCUUGUGGUUUGGACUCCAAGCGGAGAAUGAAACUGUGCCAAAAGGAUCAGUUUUCUCCACGCAGAAACGACACCCACUUCCACUUGGGAAUCACAGUUCUACAAGUGACUGCAUCACAAUGAACUAUUUUGUAUUCGUGUUUGACAAUAAUGUGGAGAUAAUCCAGGUAGACACACCCAGACACACACGUAAACAUGGAGCAUAUCUAUGGAAGGCCAGCUCCUGGGAUCUCACUGAGUACUACUACACGCUUGGUUUCGUUGCUAGAUGAGGAAUACUGUCAUCUAAAGUGUAUUGUUUUGGUAUUUGUAAUUUGAUAGCACUUGACACACUAACACAGCCAAACAGCUAUACUGUUACUUUCAAGAGAAACGCUCUUGAUUUUGUAUUAUUGUGAGUAAUUCCUCAUCUCAUUACACAUUGAAAGACAGCAUACCCAUUGCACUUUUUAUUGUUUUUUGUCACAGUUUAGUCUGUGUUUGCAUAAUGAUGCACCCCACAUUGAGCACUAUUAUGUAAAUUAGCAGUGACAGCGCAAAAUUGUGUGUUAUUUAGCACUAACCACAUACAAUACUUAUCUAUUAGCACGACACAGCACAACACUCAAUCUCUCCACCGGUCCUGACAGCCAGGGACUUCAGGAGAGGCAUGUUCGUGUUUUAGAGUUGAUACGUUUACAACUAUCUCCUCCUCUUGAUGAGACAUAACCGUCUGCCAUGGCGUGUAGAUAUUGGUGGUUAGCUAGGCUAGGCCAUGACUGGGACAAUACUACAUAGCAGGCCUGUUUAGCUAGUGGCUUCAAUGUGACAGAAGUUCAGGCAGCUACAGUAUAGACAGCUGAACCAGUGACCAACGAGGCGAGUAAUUGGACGGCACCAAUGUUGUCUUAGCCUAGACAGCAAUGACUUGGCAAGUAGUCGGCUGUGGCAGAUUUUUCGGCACUGCUCUUUCUUAUUUUAGGCGUCACAAUUGAAAUUUUGAUUUCAGGUGACUCAUUUGAUCUAACAUUCACUGCAUGUUAUCCAGAUAUACUGUAGAUGUGUGCAGUGGAAAGGGGCUCGCACUACGGUGCAGUUUGAGGGAAAACUGUAGUUUACUAUUUUUUGCACCUCUCCUGUUGGGAAGCUACUGUACCAGCCGACUGGAUGACAGGAAGGAGUACUGAAGUGCAAUGACAGCCUUGGAGUGUUGCUGAAAAGACUCAUAAUGGUUCUCUGUGGUAAUAAUAAACUCUGGUUCCAGCAGCAAGCCCCUACACUACCAAGGGGCUCCCAGCCCUCUUAAUGCUAAUAGCUUUGCUGGGCCACUGAGGCCUUCUCUACAGUUCUGUAGGGAAAUCAUGUCUCCUUCUGGUCCAGCUAGCACUAGGGAGAGAAAUACAGUACGACAGGCAAUAGUUAGUAAUCCUGCACAGGGUCAAAGACAUGGUAUUAGGGUUCCAGAAAUGUUACCACAUCAAUACAUCAAUGUUACAAUAGG